AUGCAUAUUUGUCGUUGUUUUUCGAUUAUAUCACCGUUCAAAAUCGCCUCACUACCAUUCAUCCUAACUGUGGCUAUAUUCCAAAUGGGUUCACUGCUUUAUCUUCACGCGAUUUUCAUUUUCAUUUCGUUCACUCUCUCUGGUCUCCUUUACGGAUCUCUCAAAACAAUUUUUCAGUUGAGUGUUCAUUUUAUCGACGUUUUUCAAGCGCAUACAGCGUUCAUAGCAAAACGUAAUUUAUUCUCGCAAAUGAAAUUCGCUCAUAAUUCGAAUCGUAUGUUCACGAUGUUUGCACUUUCAAGAGCUGUUGAAUUAACUGGUAACUUGCUCGGCUUUGUGGUGAUUGCCGUGACAUUCUCAUCUCAGAAUGCUUCCACGCAUAAAACUGAAAUUCCGUGUGGCCGAGAUUUCUGUUUCGAAAUCAAUCCACCGAGUUUGAGCGCAUCAGUAUCACCAAUAACAAAUCUAUUCGCCAUCUACAAUCGCAAUUUCAUUCACAUCGCUGCACAGUUUACGUUAUAUUCACUGUUAUGUAUCGCUGUUUUUAUUGCGGCAAUACCCCUCCGAUCGACACACCUCAUUUUCAAUAAUCUGGCUUCAGAUCAAUCGCCAAUUGAUAUACUUGCGAAAAGUUCAUUGAAUGACAUCUUCCCGUUACCUUUGGCAAGUGGCUACUUGGAAGUAUUCAUCUUUUACGAAAUCUCCAACGCAAUAACUUAUUGUGUGACACAUAACAUUCUGACCGUAUGCACAAUAUUCAUAUUCACCAUUCUAUUCAUCACAAUUUUCAUUUUGUUCAUCACUAUUAUCCUCACAAAUGAGGUCUCAUUGGAUGCCAUACCGCUAUUCUGUGCUAUACUCACAGCUUAUGGGUAA